AUGCCGAUAGCUUGCGGGGAGAGGAAGAAAGCCCCUAAUCCCUACGCUUUCCCCGCAGAGCCUGUUUUGCAGCUUGCUGGCACAGGCUGCCGGUGCUCAGGGGUGCUGGAGGUGAAGAAGCACGGCCAGUGGAGUAGAGUGUCCUGGGACGGAGCGAACAGAGUUGCUGCUGCUGUCUGCAAGCAGCUGGGCUGCGGGCCCCCCACUGCUGAGGCCUUCCAGCUCAUCUUCUCCCACGCGAAGAUGCCUUGCAUGAAGCCGUCCCAGUGUGGAGGGAAAGCAGCUCCGCUGGUGGGGUGCACCUGGAUACUGGCCAACUGCACGGACUACGUCACCCUGGCCUGCAGUGAGCCGGCCGAAACCACCACCGAGCCCCGGCCGGCACCUGAGACCACCACGCCAGAGCCUACUGGUGCUGCUAGGCUUAGGCUGGUGGAUGGGAACUUCAGCUGCUCAGGGUUCGUGGAGCUGUACAUGCAGGGGCUGUGGGGCGCCGUGGGGGUCAGCGCGGGCGCCUGGCCCGACCUAGCCACCCGAAUCUGCGAGGAAGUGCAUUGCGGCAGCCUCAUCGGCAACUACAUCACAGCGCCGGAGGCGGGGAGCCACUUACCGGUACAAUGGGAGAUGGUGGGGCCCUGCGAGAGCUACUCAGUCCUGGACUGCUUCAAUCGAACAAGUGACAGUCGGGGGAAAGUGCCUGCCUUCGUCAUCUGCUCCGGCUCCCAGCCCCGGGCCAUGCGGAGGCUGGUGGGAGGCCUGACCACCUGCGAGGGGUACAUUGAGGUGUUUCACGGGGACCGGUGGCAGGUGUUGUGCGACGAGCCCAGGCAGCGGGCCGAGCGGGGCAAGCAGGUAUGCCAGGAGCUGCGGUGCGGGAACCUCUCCUCCAGCACCAUGCUCGAGGACCCCCCAACGAUGGGCAUCACCUGCACCGCUCGUGACCUCCACCUCUGCCCUGCCAGCCACAGAGGGCUCCGGACCUGCUCCCGUACCAGGAUUGUGUGCCAGGACUCCAAGCCGCGUCCAGCCAGCCUGGGAGCCGGCACCAUUGUGAGCAUCUUCUUGGCCCUGAUUCUCUUUGGCAUCCUCCUGCUCAUCUGCGGACCCCCUGCCUACAAGAGACUGAUGAAGAAAAUCUCCAAGAAGAAGCAGCGUCAGUGGAUUGGCCCCACGGGACUCAACCAAAACGUUUCGUUCCACCGCAGCAGCACCGUCAACCUGAGGCCGCGGGCUGAGGGGCCGAGGGCACAGGGGGAGGACAAUGACUAUGCACAGCCUCCCAAGAAGAACCCCUACCUGUCAGCUUAUCCAGCUCUGGAAGGUGCGUCCCGAUCUUCCAACCCUCCAGACAAUUCCUCCGAUAGCGACUACGACUUGCACUCUGCCCGGAGAGUGUGACUUCCCUGCAAGAGACAGAGGUGGGAUUCAACAUACAGGAAAAAAAAAAAA